CCUCGCGGUGAAGUAGGGGGUACUCAACCAACAGGUGACCAGGGCCCGGCGACUCGAAGACCUAGUGGAGUCGGAGAACCGCCGCGAGGCGGGUUCUCAGGCUGGGGGAGGGGCGCAGCGCUGGGGUAUCCCGAGGGAGAGCCAGUGAAUGCCGGAGGCCGCAGCUCGAGGCAAAUUCCGCCUGCUGCAAACUUUAGGAAUGUGUAUAGAUGAUCAGCCUAAAUCUGAAGAGAACUUGCUUUCGAGUAAGAAGAUGGAUUUGAAGUCCAUGGUGUCAAUCUUAGAUGGAGAGAUGCCCACCCUGAAUAACAAAAUCAUCAUGUCUCUGAGCCCUCAACAUGAACAAAAUAGAAAUGAUUCCAGGGAACAGGGAACCUUACAAAGAGAAAAAAUUAACUCUGAAGCAUUUCGCCAGAAUUUCAGAGGUUUUUCAUACCCAGAGAAAGCUGGACCCCGUGAGGCUGUGAACCAGCUCCAGGAACUCUGCCUUCAAUGGCUAAAGCCAGAAAUUCACACAAAGGAGCAGAUCCUGGAGCUGCUGGUGCUGGAGCAAUUCCUGACUAUCUUGCCCAGUGAGAUCAGAAUUUGGGUGAAGUCCCAGCAUCCAGAGAAUAUUGAGGAGGCAGUCAUUUUGGCAGAAGAUGUGACUCAAAUGCUUGAGGAGGAAGCUCUGAUUUCUCAGGAUUCUUUUCUCCAAGAGAAAGUAGAUGAUGGCACAGAGAAAGCAAGAUUGUCUUCUAUAUUUCCUGUAGCCAGAUUUCAGGAAACCAUCAAAUUCCAGGAUGUGGCUCCAGACUUCACUUCAGAAGAGUGGGCACAAUUGGACUCUAGUCAGCAAGACCUCUAUAAGGAUGUGCUGAUGGAAAACUAUAAUAACUUGGCCUUUCUUGGACUUUCUGUUUCUAAACCUGAUGUGAUCUUCCAUUUGGAGCAUGGAGAAGUGCCAUGUGUGUUAAAGAACGAAGCCCCAAGAAACAUCUGUCCAAACAAGGACAUCGAACCUGAAGCCAGAGAGUCAGAUUCAAAGAGGGAAUGUUCUUUGGAUAAAUCAUCCCAGAGGACAAUAAUAGAAAGAACUACAGAGCAUAAUUCCUUGAAUCCUGAAAUGGGCAAUGAAAUUUUCAAAAGUCAUGACUCACAAGGAAGGCAGCAGGACCCCCAGGAAACACGUUUGAAACAAGUAACAAUUGGACAUGAAAAAACUUCAAAUAAAGCAAGAGACUCUGAAAUUAAUCACUUUGGGGGAUGCUUUAUUCUAAAGUCAACCCUAACUACACAGCAGAGAGUAAAUAGUUUUAGUAACUAUGAUACGCAUUGGAAGAACUUCACAGAUAAUUCAAAACUAAAUAAAUGUCAAAGAAUCUACAUAGGGAAGUAUAGAUUGAAGUAUAAGGAAUUUGGAAAAGCCUUCAGCCAAAUUUCACAGCUUAAUGUGUAUCAUGCCAAUGAUUCUGGAGAGAAAUAUCAGUAUAAUGAAUGUGGGAAAAGCAAUGAUAAACAGGCAAACCUUACUGAACAUCAGCAAAUUCAUUCUGGAGAGAAACCUCAUAAAGGUAAUGAAUGUGGGAAGGCCUUCAGCCAGAUUUCACAACUUAAUCUUCAUCAUACUAUUCAUUCUGGAGAGAAAAUCCAUAAAUGUAAUGAAUGUGGGAAAAUCAAUGAUAAACAGGCCAACCUUACUGAACAUCAGCAAAUUCAUUCUGGAGAGAAACCUCAUAAAUGUAAUGAAUGUGGGAAGGCCUUUAGCCAGAUUUCACAGCUUAAUCUUCAUACUGUUCAUUCUGGUGAGAAAAUCCAUAAGUGUAAUGAAUGUGGGAAGGCCUAUGACAAACAGACAGACCUUAUUGAACAUCAGCAAAUUGAUUCUGGAGUGAAACUUUAUAAAUGUAAUGAAUGUGGGAAGGCCUUCAGCCAUAUUUCACAACUUAAUCUUCAUCAUGCUAUUCAUUCUAAAGAGAAAUUCCAUAAGUGUAAUGAAUGUGGGAAAACAUUUAACAGACAAACAGACCUUAUUGAACAUCAACAAAUUCAUUCUGGAGAGAAACUUUAUAAAUGUAAUAAAUGUGGAAAGAACUUUAGCCAGAUUUCACAACUUAAUCUUCAUCAUGCUAUUCAUUCUGGAAAGAAAUUCCAUAAAUGUAAUGAAUGUGGGAAAACCUAUGACAAACAGGCAAACCUUAUUGAACAUCAGCGAAUUCAUUCUGGAGAGAAACCUUAUAAAUGUAAUGAAUGUGGCAAAGCCUUCACCCAAUUGGCACACCUUACUCAGCAUCAGUUUACCCAUAGUGGAGAUAAGUUAUUUAAGUGUUAUGAGUGUGGAAAUGCCUUCAUCCAGAGUUCACAACUUAAUAUUCAUCAAAUAAUUCAUUUUGGAAAGAAAUUCUAUACCUGUAAUGAUUGUGGAAAAAUCUUUACCUUGAGAACAAAUCUUUCUCAGCAUCUGAAAACUCAUUCUGGAGAGAAAGCCCAUAAAUGUAAUGAAUGUGGGAAAGCCUUUUCUCUAAAAACAAACCUUGCUAGGCAUCAGAAAAUUCAUUCUGUAGAGAAAUUCUAUAAGUGCAAUGAUUGUGGGAAGGUCUUUAAUAUGAAGACACAACUUUCUCAACAUCAAGUAAGUCAUCUUGGAGAAAAAUUCUUUAAACUUAAUGGUUGUAGGAAAAUUAUCUCUGAGAAGCCAAAUCUUCUUCAACAUGAGAAAAUUCAUUCUGGAGAGAAAUUCCAUAAAUGUAAUGAUUGCGGAAGAGUCUUCACACAACAGGCCUAUCUGACUGAACAUCAGAGAAUUCAUUCUGGAGAGAAACCCUAUACAUGUCAUGAUUGUGGAAAAGUCUUUACUCAUAGGGUGAACCUUACUCAACAUCUGAAAGUUCAUUCUGGAGAGAAACCUUAUAUAUGUAAUGUCUGUGGUAAAGCUUUUAAUUUAAAGACAAACCUUUCUCGGCAUCAGAAAAUUCAUUCUGUAGAGAAGUCUUAUAAAUGUAGUGAGUGUGAGCAAGUCUUUACUAAAAGGACAAGCCUUACUAAACAUCAGAGAAUGCAUUCCAGAGAAAAAUCCUAUAAAUGUGUUGAAUGCGGAAAAGUUUUUAGUGGAAGGACACACUUAACUCAGCAUCAGUGUAGUGGAACAAAACCAUUUAAGUGUAAGGAAUGUGGAAAAUCCUUUGCCCAGCAAAAGAGACUUAUUGGGCAUGAGAGAAUUCAUUCUGAAAAGAAAUCUUGUAAAUAUAAUGAAUAUGACAAAGUCUUCCUCCCAGGAACAGGCCUUAUUCAACAUCAAAGAAUUCAUUCUGGAGAGAAAUCCUAUAAAUGUGUUGAUUGUGGGAAAGCUUUCAGCCGGAAGACACAACUUAUUCAACAUCAACUUAGUUAUAAUGGAGUGAAAUCACUUUAAGUGUAAUGUAAAUGGAAAGACCUUUACCCAAAGCACUUAUUAUUCCAUAUCAGAGGAAUGCCUUAUACAUCAUAGGCAUUUAUUUAAUAUUUGUGAAUUCAAGUAAAUUACCUAUGAAGUAAGUUAAAAAACUUUGCUGAAAACUUAACUUGUCUCAUGUCUAUAGUAUUUCUUUGUUCUACUGGUCUUGGUACCCUUUCAAAAAAGCAAAUGAGCUAAUUUGUUUAUUUUAAAGCCACACCAACUUUAAACAGCAUAUUUUUUUUUUUUUCCCUUUCUGGCUUAUAAAUUGUCCUUUAAUAAUGUGUUCUAGGAUUUUUCCAGAAAUAGAAAUUGGAUUAUUUUACAUUUUUGACUUUCUGAAACUUGAAAUGCUUAUCCUUUUCCAAUCCUAAGUCUUGCAUUCCCAUAAAUAUUAAUUCAAAUUAUUGAUGUUGGCUGAGGUAAAGAGAGAAAGGAAAGGAAUAAGUAUUCCUAUAGUAGUUACUUAAAGAUGGAUGCUACUAUUCCCAUUUUAUAUUUCAGGAAACUGAGGCAAAGAGUUAAAUGACUUGCUCAGAAUCAUAU